AUGGUUCGCGGCGAUGGCGUGGCGCCUGGCCAGUUGGCGCUGGCUGCCGCUUUUACGUUGCGGGUUGCCGUCGCCAUCCCUGCAGUGAAAGCCAAGGCCAAGGAGAAGUUCCCGAAGCCGACGUGCCCUGGGCAGUUCAGCGUUGCCGGCUUCGACAAGCCCGUGUCGAUCGUGCCGACCGGCUGGACAGCUCCGUACGGGGCGGAGGAAGUGGAGGUGCUCAACGGCACCGAGAUCAGGCCGCACAUGAACAGCAGGUCGUACUUCGCCAGCAGCUGCACCCCAGGGAAGUACAACAGCACCGAGUACACCAGGAUGCCCCUGCUGGGCAAGACGCUCCGGUACACCCUGGACCUCGGGGGAGCCGGCUGCGGCUGCAACGCGGCUUUUUACCUCACGUCCAUGGGGCACAACACGCACGAGUCCGAGUGUUUCGAUUAUCGCGGAUUACUGCGACGCCAACAACGUGUGCGGGCAGACCUGCGCCGAGAUUGA